AACCCAGACAGCAGCUGACUCCGAUCCGGAUCCGCAUCUAAGCCGGCAAAUCCGCGUUACAGUCAAAUCCGUUUUACAGCUGCGAUACGGACAAGGGCCGGACCUAGGCUUCAGUGGCGGGAACGCAAUAAUGUCAGCAGAAUCAAAGCAGCUACGGGCCGGAUCCGGGGAACGAGCGCGCGAAUUUUCAUUUUCUGGAAUCUGACAGGAUAACCGCAGCUUGGGUCGAGGCGCAGGAAAAGUUUGAGGAAACAGUUUUAUUCCGGUUCGACCACAUAUCCAAGGAGACAAUGAAAAGGAGGGAAUCUCCAUUAACAAGCUCUGGAGUCAGGCGGAGGGCUCGCAUUUCUUUAGAAAAACGACUGCAUGACAUUGCAGAAGACUGUCUGAUAGAAUCAGAGCAAACAACAGCUGACAGAGUUGACUCUCAGUUCACCACCAAUGACACUGAUAGCUGCAGUGACUCAAGUCUCUCUCCGAUAGAUGACCAUUUAGAUGCACUUUGCACAGAUGAUACUGGAGGAGAGGCAGAGAGACUAGAUGCUUCAGAGUCUGAUUCUGAGUCAGAGUCUCAGUUUGUUGACAAGCCAGUCAGCCUUGUUGCAAGCUUAGCCAAUUGGUCUGUACAGUUUGGAGUUUCUUUAGUAGCACUCACAGCCCUCCUUAGUUUGUUGAGAGUGUACCACCCAGAACUGCCCAAGGAUGCUCGAACCAUCCUUCAAACAAACACUGAAUAUAAAAUCCAACAAAAAUGUGGUGGUUUGUAUCAUUAUAGAGGUAUCUUGACAGCACUGCAUGACACACUAACCCAGCUAAUUAAGAAUGUUGCAGAUGGCUUUACUUUUAGAUUACAGAUAAAUAUUGAUGGCUUGCCAUUGUUCAAGAGCACAAAUAUACAGUUAUGGCCCAUUUUAGGACUUUUGUUAAGUGUCCCGAUGAAGGAACCCAUUGUUAUUGGCCUUUUUUGUGGUACAAAAAAACCAAAUGCCCCUGAUGAAUUUUUAAGUGAUUUUACCCAUGAGCUAAAGCAGCUGCAGGAAGGAUUUAAUUUUAGAGGGAAAAAGGUCUUCAUUGAACUGGCUUCGGUUGUAUGUGAUACCCCUGCUAGGGCAUUUGUAAAAAACACAAAGGCUCACAAUGCAUAUCAUGGAUGUGACAAGUGUUGCCAGCCAGGUGUUUACGUUAACAACAGAAUGACAUACCCCAUAAAUAAUUUUGUAUUGCGCAAUGAUUCAUCAUUUUCAGACAGAGUUGACAAGGACCAUCACCACAAUGGACCACAUGGAUUUUCUGGUCUAGAUGUUGGUAUGGUAACUAGAUUCCCUCUAGAUUACAUGCACCUCGCAUGUUUAGGUGUCACACGUAGAUUGUUAAAUGUUUGGCUGAGGGGGCCUUUGAAAUUUCGCUUAUCCUCUAAUGUCGUUGAUAGAAUUUCUCAAAGUCUGAUUCAGAUGCGUACAUAUAUACCAGUGGAGUUUGCAAGGAAGCCAAGGUCUCUAAGAGAGAUAGACCGUUGGAAAGCAACUGAACUAAGGCAGUUUCUGUUGUAUACUGGCUCUAUUGCUCUGGCACCACAUUUAGAUAGUAAUUUAUAUAACAAUUUCGUGUUAUUUUAUACAGGUAUUUGCAUCCUUGUCAGUCCUCAGCUGUGCUCCUUGUACUGUAACUAUGCAAACACAUUACUUACAACAUUUGUAAGUCAUUUUGGGGAACUUUAUGGCAAGGAUGCCUUAGUGUAUAAUGUCCAUGCAUUGGUCCACCUAUCUGCAGAUGCCCAACUGCAUGGUUGUUUGGACUCUGUCUCAGCUUUUCCAUAUGAAAAUUAUCUCCGUAAAUUGAAGAGGUUUGUACGAAAGCCAGAAUUUCCCCUUGCACAAAUUAUAAGAAGGUUAUCUGAGGUUAAAAAGAUCAGUAUUAUUGAGAUGCCCUGUAGGAAUUUAAGGAUGCAACAUUAUGUUGGACCUGUUCCUGAUGGCCUUCAAGCAACAGCACAGUACAGGGAGCUGCAGACUGAGCAAUGGUCAAUGAAAGUUUCCACAGGUGAUAAUGUUUUUGCUAUAGAUGGAGACAUUUGUGUCAUACAUAACAUCAUUCAGUCUGUGGACGGAAUAUAUGUAGUAAUUAAAGUUUUUACACAAAUGGAAACUUUCUUCAACUACCCGAUGAGCUCUGAUUUUCUCAGAAUAUUUAUUGUGUCUCAACCUACAGGGCCAUUGAAGGUGGCCAAAGCAUCACAGGUCUCUCAUAAGUGUGUGCUUUUGCCUUAUAAAGAGAGGUUUGUUGUCAUGCCCCUCUUACAUAUCAACAGUUCUAGUACUAGGUUAUAGGUGGAGUUGUGGAAAGUUUAUGUUUGGGAGCAGAGUAGUGGGCGACAAAAUUUAUGUUGACUGACAACUGACUUAACUUUUUGAAGAACUGAAGAUUAACUGUUUUUUUCCACAAAAGUUUCUGUAUGUAUGUGCAUUUUGAUGAUAUGUUUUUGGUUGUUGAAUUUCUGGAAACCAAGACUGUUAAUAUUAUAGCCGAGUCAUGGUUUGAGGAUGGUGUCACUUGGUGGCCAAAUUAUAGUAAUGAUGAACGCAUAAACAGAGCUGUACAAAAGUGUGAGGAACCAAGAACAGGCUGGAAACAGUAUGAUGUUCGAGUCCUCUCAAGAACUGGUGAUUAUCGAAAGGCAAGAGAGAAACUGAGGGCCUCACUGACCUGUAACACGUCUGAGUUACAAACAGACGACGAGGAAGAAGUGAUUAGGAAAAGAAAAAUUAAGCCAAGGCACGUUUUUGGUGAUACAGACUCGGACAAUGAACUAGAAGUGGGUAAAAAGAGGAGAUGCAGCAGUAUCUCCUCUGCACCAGCACCACCUAUUCCUCCACCUACUCCUGACAUACCCUCUGAUUCAGCUUGCCAGACCUCUACUGGACCUCUGCUAAACCUGAGGCAUACUGAAUAUCCCUGUUUUACGACUGUGCCACCUGCCCCCAUUACGACACUUGGCAUGCCUUCCAGUCCUCUUCACCACUUCUCCAUUAGACAUUCUGAACACGGCCGUUACACAGCUCCAGUGCAUGCAGUUACCACCCCCAUCUCUCACAUGCCCUCAAGCUCUAUGAGCCAGGUCUCUGCUACACCUAUUUCUGAAGAACAUCAAGACCAUUCAUUUAACCCCAGGUUUAGACUGGGGAGGACAGGCACUGGACCUAUUCCUUGCUCUGCCGCUCAACUGCACAUCCUAACAUUGUUGGAACAUAUCAAGGAACAGCAGAUGCAGCUUGCUGCUAUCGUUAAUAAUCUUGCUGCACGUAUGGCGACAGACACUGUUGUUGCUGAAAUGCCUCCCAAUAUCAGUUUGCCACUGGCCACCAUGUCUGAAGUUGAGGAGUUGGAGGAGUGGCUUAAAGAUUCAAGAAACUCGCAUGCUAAGCAAAACAUGAUUUCUGCUCUGGGUGCUACAGGAGGACAAAACGCUAAACGAGUCACAUGGAACAUACUUUCAAGACUUUUCUCAGAUGCAGUAGCCAAAAAAAUAAACUGGAAAGGAGUUAAUGGGAAAAAGUGCUUUAAAGAAAUGCAUACAAGAAGUUUGUUGAUCAGAGCUGUAAGGAAGAACCAGUCUUCCUCCGGUGUAGCAGAUAGUGAGGUCGAUUCUUACACCAUCCGUUGGUUUAACCUGGCGUCUGACCGUGGAGGUGGCCGGAAAGAACGUGCAAGAGCCAAAGAGGCAUCAACUGAGGUGAAAUUUCUAUGGAAGAAGCAUUAUGGCAGUGUGUGUUUUUUUAGCUUUGAUUUUUGCACUUGGUUCAAUUUUAAAAAUGUAACUUGGGUUGUCUUGGUUAUUCUGAGACUUAGACUUGACUCGUGUUCACAACAUAGUACAGUUAGUAUGUGGAAUCAUAUUCUGAGCAAUAGGUGCUGACCUCCAAAAGGAAAAGGACAUUUAGCAUUUAAUGUCAUACCCUGCUACAAUAACAGUGCUCCCUGAAUGCAGCUGCAGCACAUUUGUAUGGCAAGAUAUAAUAUUACAGUAUAACCAUACAAAAUGUAUUUCCUAAACGGCUGUCUGUAGCUGGGUCAUGCAGCCACUUGACACUGAGCGAAACUUUAGCCUACCGUAAAUUGUAUUCUGGACCAGCAAAAUGCACCGUUAUCUUGGGCCCGGGUGACAAAGCAACACCAGUGCUCUACCUUGCUGCCAUGGUUAAUGCGCUUUGAUGUUUUAUGUUUCAAUGAGAGGAAGUGCCAUGUGAAUGCAGUGCACAGUGCAGGAUUCAAGUGUGGCUGCCUGAAUUAGCUCACAGGUGUCACGUCAUUUAAUGCAACAUUAUAGAGGUAAAGUUUACAUAACAUUAAAAAGCAUGUUCGUAAGACAUGAUCAAUACAUUUAAGAACUAUAAAAAUAAGAUAUUUUAAGACUUAAGGACCCGUGUAAACCCUUUUAGAAACAGGAGCUGGACGACAUAAAAACUUCAUUUACCUGAAAUGAUUGAACAUCGGUUAAUCACCCACCUCUCCCUCAUGUCACCUAUAAAUCAAAUUUGAUUAAAACUUCAGAUCACUUUUGUUUCAUAGCCUUUGUACUUUUUUGCCAGUAUGAAUGUGAAAUGUCUCCAAAGAGGUCUAAAGAGAUCUUAGUCUUAAAUUUAACUUUUUGAAACUUAAGAAGCCCUGAAAUUUUAUUGUUUUUGGCUGAAAUCUUUAAUAUUCAACUAACAGCUUUUUUUCUUGGUCUUUUUGU